GCCUGCUGGGAGCCGGGGAGCGUGCUGGAGGUUGCCAAGAAUGGCCCGAUCUGCUUCCAGGGAAAGGGAGGCCCUGGACGGUUUCAGGCCUUCAAGCAGUUCGUCGGCCUCGCUGGCGAUGAAGUGGAGAGCGAGGACUGCUUGAACCUCAAUGUCUUCGCCCCCGAGAAGGCAAGAAACUUGCCCGUCUUCGUGUGGAUCUAUGGGGGUUCGAGUGUGGAGGGCCAUGUGGGCUGGGACUUCUACGGCCCACUCGACAACAUCGUGCGCCGUCAUCCCUGCGUCGUCGUGGCCAUGAACUACCGCCUCGGCGUCUUGGGCUACCUGGCACUCAAGGAGCUCUCGGCCGUGGACCCCCGAAAAGGCAGUGGCAACGCAGGCAUCACGGACCAGCAGCUGGCGAUGCGAUGGGUUCAGGAGAACAUCCAUGCUUUCGGUGGGGAUCCCAAUCGCGUGACCCUCAUUGGACAAAGCUCUGGUGGUACGAGCAUCCUUGGUCACCUUGCAUCCCGCAGCAGCCGCGGCCUUUUCCAUGGUGCCAUCUCGCUCUCAGCAUCGCCCAACAUUACCAUGGACCGAGCUGCGAAGGAGGCUCAGGACCGUGCGUUGCUCCUGCCGCACACGCCCUGCGCCGGCAUGAGCGAGUCCAAGUUGCUCGACUGCCUCUACACAGCGGACGCUGCCGAGCUGGAUGGUGCUUUGCCAACUUCCUAUUCGGAACCCGAAACGGACGCCCCGAUCUUCGAUUACCCGACGACCAAG